AUGGAGGGCCGAGUUGAGGCUCAAGCUCUGUCGCCGCCGUCGGCGCAUUUGCCUUCUCGCAAGUUUGAACGAGCCGAGCAGCCCAACGCAAGCCUUCUUCCCAUUGAUGCCAAACUUCUGCGGGAGUUCUGGACAUUAAAAGAAGUGAAUUGUCUGCCCGCUGCGUCGGUCCCAAAGGACGACGUUGAUUACGCUGUGGUCCACGGAGGUUGCUAUUGGGGUCCGGCGAGACGGCAUCCUUCUCGCCUGGGUCGCAGCUUCAGCGCACAGGAGUUUAACACCAAUCUACUUGAGCGAUGCGUGGCCUUCGGUUUGGAGAUCCACGAUUGGCGCCUCGAGGCAGCGCCUGCCGCAUUCCGGCGCCGUCGACCCCUAACACAGCUUCUCUGCAGCAGUUUCGGCUGUGGUGGAAGUGGCGGUGGCGGGUGUCUCGAGGCGGGGGCCUCUGCCGCCGCCGCCGCAACCUGCGAGUGCAAGCAGCACGGCGGCGGGCGACUGGAGGCGAUGGACCGCCGUGUUCACGGGGGCCGUUUGCUGCGAAGCCUGUCGAAGGAAUACACCCACGUGCUGCCGGAGGUGCUGUCUUUGUUGACCGUUCCCGCCGCCUCCGCCUCCUCCUCUUCGGUUGGGUUUCCCCCAACAGCGUCUCCCGACCGCCACCAACUGUUGGGCAACUUGGACUUGCAGCAAGAAGAAGAGGAGGGCGAGGAGGAGGAGCAGGAGGAGGAGAACAACAACAACAACAGUGCCGCAGCGGCUGCCGACCUGCAAGACCACCACCACUACCACCACCACUACCAGCAACAAGGGCAACAGGGGGGCACCAGCAUUCCGGCAACAGGGCGUGCGGGAGGAGGCGAUGGCAGCAGCGGCGGCAGAUGCGAUGUGGCGGCCCCCUGUUUGGGGAGCCUGGGCCGCUUGUCCUCCCUGGACUCGGCCGCCCUGCACCUCCUGGAUAGGGCCCUGAGCGGCUCUAGUUACACAACCAUAACAACCACCACCAUCAGGGGCUCCCAGCCGGGGGGAAUCAGCAACCAGCAGCAGGAGCCCCCGCAGCAGGAGCAGCAGCCCCUUGCACCAGCGCCGCCGCCGCCGUCACAUGGGUCGUCGUUCUCGAGAUGCAACUCCUCGCUGUUUGAGUUUGCGGAGGAGCAGGCGUCGCUGGCGGCGGCGGCGGCGGCGCAGCACUCGAGCAUUGCGGGCCGGUACUUUGGCGGCGGCGGCAGCUUCCGCUACAAUCACCACUGCCAUCAACUUGUCGAUCAGCCCCCACAGGGCGCCGAGUACCUAUUGGCGCUACCGGGCGCCAACAGCUCAGCAUGGGCGGCGGCAACAUCGGCAGAAGAACUCAGAAGCGGCGACGGUCACGCGGUGGUUGCGGCAGUAGCAGCUGGCGGCGGCGGUGCUUGUGCUGCCGCCGCUGCGGCGGUAGCUGCGAGGGCGAGUAUCUUCCAGUCCUCCGUCAACCCCUGCUCCCAGAGCUCCGCCGCCAUCCCGCACCCGCCGCCGUCAGCCGUCAGCCAGGCCGCGUUGCUAGGAGCUGGGAGUACGAGGGGGUCCGGUAGUGCGCCGGCUGUGGCGGCUGGCGGCGCUGUUUGGCACGCAGACAAGGGUUACUCCUCCUUGCCGUUGCCGCUUCGGUCAUCAUCGCGAUUGUUUCCACUGGCAGGAGGUGGUGUUGGUGGCGGCGACGGCCUAGGGAAAUAUUUAGGGGUUGAUCGCCAUCCGUCAGGGGAUAGUGGCAAUGAUGGUGGUAAUUGCGGUGGCGGGAGCGCUACAGCUCCAUCUGCCCGCAAUCUGGGGGGCAAUCUGGGGGGCAAUCCGCUGCUGGCGGCUCCCGACAUGCGGCUGUUCCCCUUCAGUAGCCCAGAAGAGUUUUACAUGGCGGCCGCGGUGUUGUUGGAGGCUCGUCUGCCCGGGGGGUUCGAGUCGGGUGGGGAGCCGGGGGGGGAAAGCCCCCCGGUGAAGGAGGUGAAGUGA